AAUGGUCAUCGAAUAGAGUCCUGAGUCCCAAUCCAAAACAUUUCAAAGACAAAUCAAAUUCGUACGAUAUGGCCGGUCUUCGAGCGAAGACGUUAAUGUUCGUUCUGGUGGCCGCGUUAGCGACCCUUGAUCGCACAUUUGUGGAGGCAGACUUCAGCAAGAAUAUGAUAGUUACAUGGGGCAAAGAGCAUAUUGGUAUGACUGGUGGCAACCUUCGGCUUGUCCUAGACAAAUCUGCAGGAUCUGCUAUUCGAUCAAAGGUGGCUCAUUUGUUUGGAAGCGUAGAAAUGUUCAUCAAACUUGUGCCAGGGGAUUCUGCUGGAACCGUUGUAGCCUAUUACUUAUCUUCUACGGGAACUGCACACGAUGAGAUAGACUUUGAGUUCCUAGGAAAUGCGACUGGUCAGCCGUACACGAUCCACACCAACUUAUAUGUUCAAGGGAAAGGAAACCGCGAGCAACAAUUCCGGCCAUGGUUCAACCCGACCACUGGUUUCCACAACUAUACCAUCCAUUGGAACCCAUCAGAAAUUGUGUGGUUCGUCGAUGGAACUCCGAUCAGAGUUUUUAGGAACUACGAGAAAGAAGGAAUCGCAUACCCGAACAAGCAAGGUAUGAAAGUGUUUUCGAGUCUAUGGAACGCAGACGAUUGGGCAACACAAGGAGGUCGAGUGAAGACUAACUGGACGCUAGCACCAUUUGUGGCCGAGGGUCGUAGGUACAGGGCAAGAGCUUGCUUGUGGCAGGGAUCAGUCAGCAUCAACAAAUGCGCAGACCGAACUGUGACGUCUAAUUGGUGGACAUCACCAUCGUUUAGCCAGCUCACUCCUUUGCAGCUCACAAAGAUGAAAAAGAUAAGAGAUGGUUUCAUGAUCUAUGAUUAUUGCAAGGACACUAACAGGUUUGGAGAUUCGUUUUUGAUCGGAACUGCCAUGGAACGUAUCAUCGGCGGCAAGUACAAGCUCGGCCGGAAGAUCGGCGGUGGUUCUUUCGGAGAGAUUUUUCUAGCUACGCACGUCGAUACCUUCGAGAUCGUAGCUGUUAAGAUCGAGAACAGUAAAACAAAGCAUCCUCAACUUCUAUAUGAAGCCAAGCUAUAUAGAAUUCUUGAAGGAGGAAGUGGAAUUCCGCGUAUAAAAUGGUUUGGAGUGGAUGGAACAGAGAAUGCUUUAGUGAUGGAUUUGCUAGGGCCAAGUCUCGAAGAUCUAUUUGUGUAUUGUGGGAGGAAAUUCUCACCUAAGACAGUCUUGAUGUUGGCUGAUCAAAUGCUAACGAGAAUAGAAUUUGUACAUUCCAAAGGAUAUCUGCAUAGAGAUAUAAAACCUGAUAACUUCCUCAUGGGCCUAGGUCGGAAAGCAAAUCAGGUUUAUCUAAUUGACUUCGGACUUGCUAAAAGAUAUCGUGAUGCCAACACCAACCGCCACAUCCCUUACAGGGAAAACAAAAAUUUAACAGGAACUGCACGAUAUGCUAGCUGCAAUACACAUCUUGGAAUUGAGCAAAGUCGACGGGAUGACCUAGAAUCGCUGGGAUAUGUGCUUCUGUAUUUCCUAAGAGGAAGUCUUCCAUGGCAGGGUCUUAAGGCUGUUGACAAGAAGCAAAAAUAUGAUAAAAUCUGUGAGAAGAAGAUAUCAACUCCUAUUGAGGUUCUAUGCAAAAAUCACCCUGUGGAGUUUGCUUCAUAUUUUCAUUACUGCCAUACACUGACAUUUGAUCAGCGCCCAGAUUAUGGAUUCUUGAAGCGGCUUUUUCGUGAUUUAUUUUCGCGGGAAGGAUAUGAGUUCGACUAUAUAUUUGACUGGACUAUUAUAAAGUAUCAACAAGCACAGAAAUCUAGAAAUCAGUCUCAGGCAGUUCCUGGGUCUAGCAAUGCUCGUGCAAUGCCAGUGGACUCAAGCAAUCAUCGGGGAGGACCAAAUAUUUCUUAUGAAGCCGAGGCCUCUGAACGCGUGAGAUCGGCUAAUGCCAUUGGUCCAAGCCCACAGAUAAAUAAUAAUACUGCUGCAGGGAGGACUCUGGGGUCUGAUCACCCUGUCCACAAGAAUAUGAACAUGCCAUCCACUUCAUUAACUCCUGCGGGUACCUCAAAAAGAAAUCUCGGACCUGAGACCUCAAAUUCUGGGUAUGGGAGUGGGAAUAGAACCGGCUGGACUUCCUCAUUCAUGUCUCCAGAGAAAUGAUGCAAAGAAAAUGUAGCUUUAUUCUGAAAUGAUGAGUGAGAUUAUGCGCUGUUACUGUGAGGCAUGCUCUUAUUGCACCUCUGCAACUACAGCAGAAAUCAGAACUCGGUGUCACUAACACCUUUGUAUCUCCUCCACCUUUGGCUGGAAGAAAAAUGCAAAUGGUUUCUAUGUAAAUUCUCUGAAGUGUGUGGACAAGAAGGCGUUGGUUGAAGCAUUUGUGUUUACACACACAAGACAUGAAGUGUAUGUUUGCUUUUUCAUUCAAGAUUUUCCCCAACCUUUGUAUAAUUCUUACACCCGGAUGUGUAAUCUUUGUUAUGUGAUUCAUAUAUAUCAUUUUUUAGCUACUCUGUGCUAUGUGACCAAUAACCUUGUGCUGCAGCUUGAUAUAUGUAUACAUGUUUAAUGGAUAGCAACAUUCUUUGCAGAAAUCCAGAGCCAAGCUUGAGCUGAGAUGGUCUUCAAAAGGCUUAGCAGUGCACAGGUUUUUGAGGAAAGAGUUUGAGAGUCAACAUGGGAUUUGAAUAACUCGAGAGAUAACGAGUAAGAAACUAUUCUGGGAGAG